AGGUGCCCAGCAAAGGGGCACAUCCAUCCCGUGUUAUUCCGUGUCGUUCCUGCUUGGUUCUGGUGCUUGUUCUCACCUCAGGGUGGUGUCAUGAUUGCCCCCAGGGCUGCCCAGACGCCAUGUGGGCCUCCACAGGUGUGGGUGCUGACCUUUGAAGGGGACUUACCCACCCAGCAGUGGGCAGUCGCCUGCCAGGUGGGCGCCACUGAUGCGCCCCCGUGUGUCCCCCAGGGUGUGGCCGCUGCUGGGGCCCCGGCCCGCCCCAGCCUGAGUCACCUCGGCUGGGGCCCUCCCCCCUUGGUUUCCUGCUUCGGAGCUGGGUUCCUCUCUUGCUUGCUCCUGGGGGAGGGGGCUGGUGCCGGAGAAGGUCGCUGUGGCCCAGGAGAGCAGCUGUCAGGAGGCCCCGUUUCAGACCCUGUAGGGACAGAACCGGGGGAGACGGGGGAGGCUGGUCUCCCCCAAGACCUAACAGCUGUUUCUACCUUGGGCCUGUCCACCUUCUCUGGACACAGGCAGCUUUCACCUUCCCGGAGGCCCGUCGGGUAUGGGAAGCCUGAGCCACCCCGUCUGGGUCCCCGGUUUCCCGUCUGUGAGGUGGUGCCAAGCAGGUGCUGGGGACACAGGGCGACCCCAUGGUGUUGCUGCGGGAAGUGCGGGGCCCCUUCCGGGCUGCCUGCCCGCCACCCUAGCUGGCUCCCAGGUGAAGAGGCUGUCAGCAUCCAAGCGGAAGCAACACUUUAUCAACCAGGCUGUGCGGAACUCAGACCUCGUGCCCAAGGCCAAGGGGCGGAAGAGCCUCCAGCGUCUAGAGAACACCCAGUACCUCCUAACCCUGCUGGAGACAGACGGGGGCACACCUGGUCUGGACGAUGGGGACCUGGCCCCCCCCGCAGCACCCGGCGUCUUCGCAGAGGCCUGCAGCAAUGAGACCUACAUGGAGGUCUGGAAUGACUUCAUGAACCGCUCUGGGGAGGAGCAGGAGCGGGUUCUCCGCUACCUGGAAGAUGAGGGCAAGAGCAAGGCUCGGAGGAGGGGCCCUGGCCGCGGCGAGGAUCGAAGGAGAGAGGACCCAGCCUACACACCCCGUGAGUGCUUCCAGCGCAUCAGCCGACGUCUGAGAACUGUCCUCAAGCGGAGCCGCAUCCCCAUGGAAACUCUGGAGACCUGGGAGGAGCGGCUGCUGAGGUUCUUCUCCGUGUCUCCCCAGGCUGUGUACACGGCCAUGCUAGACAACAGUUUCGAGAGGCUCCUGCUUCACGCCAUCUGCCAGUACAUGGACCUCAUCUCAGCCAGUGCCGACCUGGAAGGCAAGAGGCAGAUGAAAGUCAGCAAUCGUCACCUGGACUUCCUGCCACCGGGGCUGCUCCUGUCUGCAUACCUAGAGCAACGCAGCUGAUGGCCGCCCCCCCCACCGGCGCCCCCUCCCCCACCCCUCCGCCUCCCUGCGUCCAAACCUCCCGUGCCAUUCGCUAAAGUAUCUUUAUUAUUUGGAGGAUUUGUACCUGUAGACAUUCUCUUCUCCUGGGGUGGCUAUCACUCUGACCCCUUCCCCUCGCCUCUCCCAGACAGUCGCGGGGCCUGCCCCCCACCCCCUGCCCGCUCCAGGACUGGUAUUUGAGCCAGGAGACCCGGCCUGGUCACCACCAUGUUCCUUCGUCGUUCAGCUUUUUCGGCCCCGUCUGAAGCUUGAGCAAGGAGUGACAGGCUGGGUUUUUAAAACUUUUAAUGAAUUUGGCAUGAUUUGUUGUAGAUUUUUAAAUUUCCCCUUUGGGAAGAAAAACCAAAAACUUGCCCCAACUGAUAAAUCAUGGGACUUUAUUCCAGUCCCUGCCGCCCCCCCGCCCCCGCCCAGUGUUUGACUUGGGUGUGUGUGUGGGGGGGGGGGUCUCUGGGGCUUCGCCCUUUUUUCCAGGCGUGUUGUGCUGCGCGCGUGAAUGUGUGUGUGUGUGUGCCCUACAGCCUAGGACAGGGGCUGCUGCUUGAAGGCUGGCCUUGCCACCGAUUUGGAACAGGUGUUGUCCUCCGCCCGGUGGCUUUCAGUGGCGCUUGGGGCUCUAUCUGCUCUACGUACCUCCUCCUUUCAUCCUGGGGGACCAGGCCUUCCAGCCGGAAGCCUCUGCCCUAGGACCGCUCCCUCCUGUCCGUGUCCCCCUGCUCCUUCCCUAGCCAGCUCUGGCCUGUUGCCUUGGGUGACCUCUCACUGGCCACCUGGGCAUGUCCCACAAGAGCAGGGCUGAGGGACCCCCUCCCGGGUGUGUGUGUGUGUGUCUACUUGUGCUUUGGGAAAAGUGGAGAGUUCAAUAAAUUUCUGGUGCUCUGGUCUCCA